AUGCGCAUGCGCAGACUCCACGUGGUGUGAUGGGCAAUUUGCACGUCCACGCAGCUCAGCGUCCAACGACGCCGCUCGACAUAGGCGUUCCUCCACCGCCUCCAUUGACUGCGCCUCCUCCGACGGCGAGUGCGAGCUCCGGUGAGGCGUCUGAGAGCGCAAGCGGAAACGGCGACGAGAAGAGGAAAUUGAAGAAUCCCGGAGCGUACGACGAACUGCACAGGAAAGCAAAAGAUGUUUGUCCUGUACCGUUGGGUGGUUGUAAGUUACUUAUAACGAAGGGCUUGAGUCCUCACUUCUCAGUUAAUCACACACUUAUGCUCGAACAACAGCAGCCGUCUUCGUAUACAUUUGGGGCAACAUACGUUGGAGCAAAGCAAGUCAGUCCAGUUGAGAGCUUUCCUGUUAUGAUGGGUGAGAUGGACACGACGGGUGCUCUCAAUUCUCAAAUUAUUCAUCUAUGGCGGAAAGGUCUACGAUCAAAGUUUAUUAUUCAAAGUCUUCGAGGUCGCUUUCAAGGCUUCCAAUGCGACUUGGAGUACCGCGGUCCGUCCUACACGGCUGCCGCUGUAUUAGCAAAUCCCGACUUCCUAUCACUGUCCGGCAUGUUUGUAGCAAACUAUCAACAAAGCGUCUCUCCGCAUCUCGUACUAGGAUCCGAACUGAUGUACCAACGAAGCGGCAUAGAACAGGGCGGUCUACUCUCGUUCAUUGCACGAUAUUCAACGGACACGUUCAUAGCAACGGCAACCGUCAGUCGUGUGGCACUCCAUCUCUCCUACUAUCACAAGGGAACGCCAAACAGUCAGACGUCCGUCGAGUUCCAGUCGUCGUCUUUGAAUCAGGAGAGUUCUGUAACGGCCGCGUAUCAGUUUGACUUUCCGAAGGCGAACGUGACGUUUCGUGCCGCUGUUGAUACCAACUGGCAGGUGAUGUCGACAGUAGAGAAGAAACUAUUGCCGCUACCGUGUUCGCUUAUUUUAUCCGGACUGAUCAAUCAUCGCAAACAAAAGUGUUUGUUUGGUAUUGGUCUAACAGUCGGGUAGUAUGGCUACGUUUUAUUGCUUCAAUAGUAUACAGUACUACAUGUUUGCACACGAUCAUUGCUACAUGCUUAUAUUAUCUAUGAGUUUACACGUUCAAUGGGUA